AUGAAACCCAAAGUCAAUGUGAAGAAGUUUGCUACAGGAAAAUCAAGGUUUUCAAAAUCUAAAAAAAAGAUACAAAAACAAAAAGGUUUGAUUGAAAGUUAUGACAUGACAGAAGAUAGUGGAAUAUAUAGGGAAAAUGAAUUGAGAACAACAAGACGGUUUGAUAGAUGUAAAAUAAAAGGUGAUGAAGUUGUUGUUUUAAACUCAUGUUCAGGAAAAGAUAAUGUUACUGUCAAGAAGCUUGAUGAAGUUAAAGACUCUGAAUUUGAAGAUGCCAAACCUGUGGUAACAAGGAAAAAGAGAAUGCAUUACACUUCAUUCAAAAAUGAUGACAAAGAAAAUGUGAAUAAAUUUAAAAGACAAAAGAAUAAAGAAGGAAAUGUAGUGAAAGCAAGGAAACUGCCUAAAGUUGUAGGAAAUGAUGCAGAAGAAGCAAAGUGA